AGGGUUCACAAACUUUCAAGCACCACUGUAAACUCUCAACCCAGAAACAUGGGCGUGGUUUUACAUGAAUGGGCGGGAUAUUUACAUUGUAGGCGGGGUCUAGCUCCAGUUGUGAAAAUCAGCUUGUUCUGCCUUGCUCACACGCUUGUGCUCGGUUUGUGGUUUAAAGCCUUCUGUGUUGAGUGCAGUGUGUGGAGGCUGGUUUUAGUUCUCAUUAAAAAAACCCUUCUGUUUAUUUUUUUUUUUUACCUUAUUAGUCAUUUGUCAUAAGACAUUAUUGAGGAAGAGCAGAGUGACGAAGCCGGUUUUAUUUCCCUUUUGAAUAUUCAGUCAUGAUUUAUCUAAGAUAAGUCAGAUAUUGUGACUGGUUCAGGAAUCACUGAAACAUGGCACUUUGGGGAGUCCAGACUGUUGUCGUGGCACUGGCAUGUGUUUUGGGAGUGGUGAGAAGUCAGACUACCCUCAUCCCUGCUGUGACCACCAUCACGGUCCGUGAGAAUGUGACCACCACCACUCCCAUCAUGCCCAGUACCACUACAUCUGUCUGCUCAAUCUUCAACACCUCCAGCUGUGAAGCCUGUGCACCAGGCACCUACUAUAACAAUGAGACGUUGCUGUGUUCAUGUUGUCCGGAGCCUGGGCUGUGCAUUUCCCCCAGAGCCUGUCUUCCCUGCACACCAGGCUUCUACACUAAUCUCACAGGGAGCCCUGUGUGUCAGGCCUGUCCUGCUGGUUCUUAUACUAAUGAAAGUGGUUCAGUCUCAUGUCAGGCCUGUGCACCAGGUUUUUAUACAUCCAGACCGAAUGCUACUGUUUGUAACCCAUGUCCCGAGGGCACUUACUGCAACUCCUCCAGUUGUGCUCAGUGCCAGAUGUGUCCUGUUGGUUCUGAAGCCCUAAAGAAUGGCAAUAAGCAGUGUUCCCCCUGUCGCCCAGGCAUGCACAAGACUUCUCAUCAGAAAAGGUGUCAGAUCUGCAGCAGUGGUUUCUAUCAGAUCCACUGGGGUAAGGAGAAUUGUGACAUCUGCCCUGAAGACCACUACUGCCCAAGUCCAGAUGUAAAUCCAAUCCAGUGUCCCAGUGAUGCGUUUUGCCCUGAGGGCAGUACUGCUCCAGGUUAUUGCAUGGAGACUUUUUUCAGGAAGGCUGGAGACACUUGUGAGCUUGCUCCUGUCACCAUAGCUCUAAUCGUCAUUGGAGGAGGAUUGUUUCUUCUGUUCAUUGUUCUCCUGGUUUUUCGGAGGAGAAGGGAUAUAGACAGUGAACUGUCUCUGUCUCGUGCCCCACUUCUGCGGAAGGACCGCUCCUCUUGUCAUGUGUAUGGAGUCCCAUGUGAUGCAGAUCCUGUGUAUGCAGGAUGGUGACACAUUGACAGUGCAGAGAGCACAAACAAAGACAAAAUCCAGUCAACUAUUGCAAACUCCUAUGCUACACAUUUGGACAUCUUCUGAAAACGUACUGAAUAUUUGUGCACUCAGACAAAUCAAACCAUCUUUCUUUUAUUAUGCUGUUCACUGCUGUUCACGGCACACUGGUUGAAUGAAUGCAAAGGAGUAUCCUUGUAGAAGUGUUUAUCCUCUUUUUAACAAAGUCAAUUUGGUCACAUUUGACAAUUUUGUCUUAAAAGUACAGAUUUGUAUUUAACUAUUGUUUGUUUAAUUGAUCCUUAAUACAGUAUGUGGUACUAGUUAAGAUUUUGAUUGUGUUGGAUGGUUGCUGUUGCCUGUAGGAUUGUAUUUAUUCACUUGUGCCCGUUGAUGUUUUAUUACUGAUGGUACUGAAGGAACGGUUUAUUAUUGAAGUUUAUAAUAUUUUUGUAUUUAAGAAGUUCAUGCCAUAUUGGAACUUUUAAAAGAUGGCCUCAACGAGAAAAUAAACUUUGCACAAGUUUAAAA